CAUAACACCUGGAUCAGAUUAUUUAUUUUGUCUGCUUAAAAAAGAAAAUGUAAAUGUCAGUCUUGUCCUUGUAAUUUUCACAUAAUUCCACACAUAUCACCUUUCCCUAUCAUCCACAGCUACUAGUAUACAGUACAUUAAAACUAGAAGUCAAUUUUCUACCAAAAAAAGUGUAAUAACGCUCACAGUUAUUUCUCUAUUUCUUUUUCUCCCCUCUCUCUUUCAACGCGUAUGAAUCCGAUGCUCAUACGUUUUUGUCUGAUUUAACACAUAACUCACAAUCAAAAUCAAAAUCAAAAUGCAAAAAAAAACACCAAUUUUUGCAUAGUGGUGUGAGACAGAUGUGGGGGGUGGUGUCAGUGAUGAUAUCUAUAUGUUGAUGAACGUGGAGUUGAAAAUCUGAUUUAGGAAAAAGAUUGAUGAAAAAUAAGACCAAGAAAAGAAACAAAAAAAAAUACAAGUGGCAAAAGAACUUUUCCUAUAGUGGGAAGCUCCAUUUGUAUUGGUCCCACCAUUAGAAUCCCAGGUGUCAAGAACUCUUCUUCUUCUUCAUCAGCUUAAGUGUCCACCACCCUAAAUGCCUAAACCCCUUUCUCUUUCUUUCUCUCUCUCUCUCUCUCACACACACACAGUAGCAUCUUUACUUUCCAGUUCCGAGUUUGCUUUUUUUUUUUCUCCAACUUCUUUGGUCUUUAAUGGCUGCCCCACGGACCACAGCUAAUUUUCUUUGUGUAAAUACGUGGGUCGGUGUUUUAGUCAUCUGGGGUUCUUUCUUUUUAUCUUUUUGGUCGGUAUAGAUACUCUUAUAGCCAAAAGAAAUAAAGUAAAAAAGAAGAGUUCUGAGUAUUGAAUUAUUGUUAGGUGCUAUACUUCCUCUUUCCUUGACCCUCUCUGAGUUGAUAAAAUCCCUUUCAAUAUAGUUUUUUUAAAUAUAUCUAGUGCUAUAAGAAGAAAAAAAAAGAUAUUUUAUUCUGUUCAACGUGCCAAAGGAGAAGAAAUUGUCAUUCUGACUGAUCCCUGUUUGGUUUACUCUUAAUUGCAUGAUUCAUGAGGCAAAAAGUUUCAAUCUUGGUGAAAUCCUCUUUGUGGGGGUGCCUCUUAAUUGAUUAAAAAGUUUUCUCAAUAGUUGAAGGGCCAUUUUGCUGGCAAAGUUGUUGGUUGGAGAAAAGUUGAAGUUUUUGCUCUCUGUGUGUGAAAUGAAGUGCUGAAGUUUUUGUAGUGGAGCCAAAUUGCUUUCCAUGUAGUAUUGUUUUUUGGGGGAGAUUGCACUGCCCUUAUUGGAAGUAGUGUUAAAGAUUGUUCUUGAAAAGGGAAAAAGCAAAUUUUUGAUUCGUUGCCAACUAGACUUGAGCAGAGAGGAUAUCGUAGUAUCGAGAAUUGAAUAGAGUGCACUGAAAUUUAAUAAGUUCCCAAACAUGGCAAAGAGAUCACAGCGACCCGCUCUGAGAUAUGAGAAGGAUCGAGCGGGUUGCAUUUGGGGUUUGAUUAGCAUCUUUGAUUUUCGUCAUGGUCGAACCACUAGAAAGUUACUCUCAGAUAGAAAGCGAGGAAGCAAACCAGCUGUUGAUUCUGCUUGUUCAAGCUCUAUGCAGGAAUUACCAGAUCCCACUGACAAUAGACUGAAUAUUGAGGAUAAUGAAGAAAGUGAGGUAGCAGUACCUGAUCCUAAAACAAGUGUAAAGGAGCUGAUGGAAGAAGAAAUGGUGAAUGAGCAAAGCCUGAAAAAUCAGGGUAAUGGCUCUGAAAUAGAUGCAGAGGAGUUUAAUUCACAAAAAUCAUGGCGUGCAAGAAAGAACAGCAGGCGAACACGCAGAUCGAGUAAUACACACUUUCAUGAUUUAGAUGAUAACGGAAAUUUGAGGUCUGAAGCACCUUAUCUUGAAGAUUCUGGAGGGAAGGCCCUCGAUGAUCUGGACAUUGUAAUGGAAGAACUCCGCCAGAUUCAUCAGAAAAGUCGUAAGUUUGUGAAGGUCCGCCAAGAUUUACAUAAUGAUCAUAACAAGCAGUCAGAUCAGACUCAGCCAGUUGUUGAAGAAAAGUUAAAUGCAGCGAUUGAGGUGUUUAUAAAUCAGAGAUCAAGAAACAAUAAACAACUGGGAGAUGAUAACAAGACUCUCCAAUCAAAAGAGUUUAUGGAUGCUCUGCAAACACUAAGCUCAAAUAAGGAAUUUAUCUUGACACUCCUACAAGAUCCAAAUUCAAGGCUGUUAAAGCAAAUUGGAAGUUUGGAGGAUGCUCAGUUUGAGGAAAAGCAGAAACCUAACUUGAUUCCAGAAUCUAAUAUGUCAAAGGAAAACCGAGUUCAUGCAAAAACAGAUGACGUCAUAAACCACAAACAACGCAAAUUUUUCAGGAGGAGGAGCAAGUCUCAAGAAAUUUACCCCCCAAUGGAAGAUGAGACACCCCGACCUUCAAGUAAAAUCAUUAUUUUGAAGCCUGGACCAGUGGGCUUGCAAUCACCUAGUGCUCAAACCAAUGUUAACACUCCAGUGCACUCGCAAUACGCCGAGAAACGUACAAUGCAGGGUGAGAGAAACACAUCCCAGUUCUCAUUCACAGAAAUUAAAAGAAAACUCAAGCAUGCAAUGGGAAAGGAUCGUCAUGGGAUCUCUCAGGAAGGAACCAUCCGCAGAUUUCCAUCUGAGCAGCUGAAGUGGAGUAACAGUGAAAGAGGGAUCUCUGGCGAACAUUUAGGAUGGAGUUCUCCUAAUAGAGACCAUUUUUAUACUGAAAAAUUUGCUAAAUCUCCUCUGGGCAUCAAGAGAGGGGAUAAGAUAGUCAAGUCGAAAGGUGUUGAAGCAGUCUCACCGACUGAGGCAUCUGAUUUUCCUAGGCCAGGAAUGCCCAACAUCUACAUCGAGGCAAAGAAGCACCUUGUGGAGAUGCUAGACAAUGAAGAUGAGACAACAACGUUGAGUAGUGGACAGUUGCCUAAAUCCUUGGGGAGGAUACUUUCAUUUCCCGAGUACAACAGUUCACCUAGCUGCAGUCCGAGAGAAAACAGCAAGGAUAGUAUGCUACAUUCCCAAAUGAGGGAGCCUAUUACUGACCCUAUACAUGGAACCAAUGAUGACAGACUUCAGCAUGUACGAGAUGACCAUGUUACGGGUCCAAGUCCAUCCACCCAAGAUUUGGAGAUAGAAUCUAGCUGUUCUGACAAGUAUCCUAGUGAGUACACCAAUGUAGAGGUUCCAUGUGAAAAUGGGAACACAGUGGAUGAAGACGUGGCUUCAACUGGUCAUACAAGUCCUAAAGGAGAUCUAAUUGAAGAAACUAUUAAAACCAAAGGCCUGGAAGAAGGUGAAGUGUUGAGUGUUAUUUCUGAAUUUGGUAGCUCUCCAAUUGACAGAGACAUCCAAAUUGAUGGUGACGCUACCAAUGCAGUGGAUGAUGGAAAUUCUGCCCAGGGAUUUGAAUUGUCAUUUGACUGCUUACAAGAAGAUCCAUCUAGGAAGGAUCAAACUCUAUCUUCUCCACCAGUUUCACCUGCAUGCUUUUCAAGCCCUAGGAAAGCUGAAGAUCCUAACUGUGUAGUUGAUAGAAUGGAGCGACCUAGUCCCGUCUCAGUGCUUGAGCCAUUAUUUGUGGAGGAUGAUGUCAGUCCUUCCAGCACUAUAUGCCGACCAGUUGAUCCAGAAAUUCAACCACGGAAAAUCCAUUUUGAAGAACCAGUGACUUCCAUCAGUGAACAAGUGUGUCCAACAGUUUGUUUUGAAAAUGAAGAAUCCGCUUUUGAAUACGUGGAAGCAGUUCUUCUAGGUUCAGGAUUAAAUUGGGAUGAUCUUCUCUUGAGGUGGCUUUCGUCUGACCAGGUUCUUGACCCAUCGUUAUUUGACGAGGUAGAGUUAUUUUCAAGCCGAUCUUCUCAUGAUCAAAAGCUCCUUUUUGAUUGUGCAAAUGAAGUUCUUAAGGCAGUCUGUGACCGCUAUUUUGGCUGUCACCCCGGAGUGUCACUUGGUAAACAUAACAUUCGACCUGUUCCAAAAGGGAUGGACCUGAUAAAUGAAGUAUGGGAAGGAGUAGAAUGGUAUCUUCUCCAGUAUUCAACUCCUCAUUCUUUGGACCAGCUUGUCAAAAAAGACAUGGAAAGAUCAGGGACAUGGAUGGAUCUCCGGUUGGAUCUUGGACAUAUCGGUGUUGAGAUGGAGGAGAUUAUUCUGGAAGAGUUGGUGGAGGACACAGUUUUGAGCAUAUCUAGUGAUACAUUGGAGUGCGAAGAAGAUGCUCUCUUCCCAGCCAAGAAUGAAAUUGACAGUAGCGUGGACCAGUGACCGACCUGUCUCUCUGUAGGGACUAAGAGAAGACUUCCCUAGACUCUAGAUAACGACGUAGACCAUGCAGCUGUUGCGAGACACUACUUACUUUUAUGACAGAUUACAGACUUCCAUGCAAAAGCUAGCAAAUAAAGAGUGGACUCAAGGGAUCACGGAACUCCUCUUUGAUUUAACUGCUUUUUAAGAUAUCAAAAGUUAGUUCCUCUCUGGAGAAAAUCUCAUGAUAUGAUUGAGCUUCAACCCAGUCGUGACCUGGUAAUGACCGGGGUUCUAAUAGAUGUAGAAUGUGUGGUUUCUGGUUUUGUUAAUGUGUGUUGAACCUACAUAUUGAGUUUCUUCUUUUUCUUUUUGCGUGGCAGAUUGGUUGUUGAGGUUUUGGGCGUUUGACACAGGUCAUUCCUUUUUGGUCCAUCUUUUAAAUUUCUCUUGUAAGUACAAAGUGGUUGUAACUGAAAAUAACAUUGAAGUAGGAGAAAAAAGAAGAAGAAAUAAUACCUUGACAUGGUUGUUUGUAUCA